AUGGAUCAGCUUCCGAUCAAAAACAGUUCGGUCUAUCAAGUUCUCGAGAGGGCUUCUAAAGAGGACUGUGACAUUCUCGCGCUUUUUAUUUUCAACGGCAGGAAACUCGCGCACAUCCUUCGAACCGCUGAUAAGAGACGUUUAGUCAAGUCGAAAUUAUUCUUCAUUCUGCCGUUUGAUUUGAGACUUUUUGCUCCGAAAAUGCACAAUUUCUGGCGGCGCCUCGUCAACGUCAUUUACAUCCGCGACUCCCGGCAAGUUCCUCUGAAGAGAGAAAAUUAUUUUCACAAUUUCCACGAAGCUGAAAUCGAUGCAAAUCGAGCUUUGCAGUGCUUUGAACUGAGCACGGUAUCCUUCCCAACACCUGUGGACCCUGAUCACCCUGAAAGCUGGUUGCCACGACCGACCGCCACACGGUGCAACGAGCGGUUUUCCUUAAAUGGAAAGAGGCUGGCGAGAAUACUCUUUGAAAAGAAAACGCAAAAUCUCAACGGUGAAAUUUUGAGAGUAUCAUAUUUGGAGCUGGCGCCUUCUGUAAUAAAAUCAGAACACGGCGAAGAGGAGCAUUUCAACAACAAAAUACACGGAGUAGAAAUUGAAGAGGCCUCGAAUUUAACUACCGGGGCUCUCCAGUCAUUAAUGUCAGGUACUUCCGACAUCGUUUUGGGCAGUUUUCCUGACUUGCCCUCAUUUGGCAUUGACCUGUCCGCUCCAUACGCAACUUACUGCUACACCUUCCUCACUCCUGAGCUGAUCGGAGACGUUUCUUGGAAAACUCUAAUCUUGCCGUUUGGCUCCGUCAUUUGGGCAUUGGCGGCCACGGCGCUUAUAGUUGGUUGGCUCUCCAUGCACCUUAUUGCUAGAUUGCAGGGGGAAAAGUGCGAGAUGGCAAAUCUAGUUCCAAGCGCCUUUAGCGCCCUGGGCAUGCAGCUGUUGGUGCCCUUACCCAGGGAGCCCAAAGGAUGGCCCCUGAGGUUGCUCUUCUGCUGUUUCUGGCUGCACUGCUUGCUGCUUUCAGUGUCCUACCGCGCCAGUUUCGCCUCCCAACUGGCCAAACCGCCGCCAAGGAUUGCUCUCGACACCGUCGAGAAACUAGCCGAGGCCAAAUAUCUCCGGCUCAUCACUUACGAUACUUUUGCCAAAGACAUGUUCAAUUCUACUCCUGAUGAGCACAGCAGAUUGAUUGCGGAACGAUUACAAGAAGUGGAUCUCGAAGUUCAGGAAAUAGUUCAGGAAAUUAAAAUGGGAAAAGCAGCUUUUUUCGGAAAUGCUCAAUUUUUAGGGAGCAUCAAAACUUUUGCUGAAAAAACUCAUUCAGGCAAAUACAGCGUCCACCUGAAUGAGGAGUGCAUUGUAUCUCUGCCGAUGUCUUUGGGUUUAGCCCGGAAUUCAGCUCUCACGUCUCAAGUGGACAAAAUCGUCCGGCGCACCGUGGAAAAUGGAUUGGUCACAAAGUGGCUGCAAGAGAGCAAUUUCAAAAGUGUGCCAGCCGCCGAGGCGCAGCAGGCUCUCGUCGACUUGGCCAAAAUGGUCAGUGUUUUCGCAGCACUCGGCGCCGGACUUUUUAUUUCGUCCAUUGUUUGCCUCAUCGAAAUCGUAAUUUUUCGCUACGGGAGAAGGAAAUGAUAAGGUCGAUAGUUUCGAUUGUAACUUUAUUUUUAAGAGUAUUUCAUUAUUGUUGCCUUAGUUAGCUACAAAGGGAGUAUCACAUGUUCGUUUGGAGAUAUCUUUUUUUUCAAUAGAGAGAGAAUUAGAUGAGAAAAGUGUGGAUUUUCCUCAAUACAAAGCGGAAAAUGAAGUGAGAAUGACUGUAUAUAAUUAUAUAAUACUUCGUCUCAUGCUCUUAUUUUAAAGUGUCUAUUUUUGCGAUUGACUUUCUUCCAGCUGCGGAAAUACAAACUGCUGCACAUUUACUACACCAAAGUGUGUAUACAAUUCACAAUAAAAUCUU